AGGUCACAGGUCUCACUUUAGGGAGAACUGUGUUGGGCACACUCCCACAUCAACAAAACGCCAACACACAGGUAGAGCUUGACACUUUGGGAAUAUGGCUUCCAGCACCUCCAGUAACCCUCUGUCCAGUGGCACCAGUGUGUUCACCACUGUUCCAGACCUCUUCUUCAUCCCUGAGUUUAUAUUCGGAGGUCUGGUGUGGACUCUGGUGGCCUCCACAAAAGUGCUGAUUGCGAACCCUCAGGGCUGGGUGAUGUUUGUCUCUGUGUUCUGCUUCAUCUUCACUACCCUGUGGUUCCUCAUCUUCAUCAGUGGAGCCAAUAAGAGCAGCAUCUGGCCUACACUGGAUGUUGUGUAUCAUUCCCUUGCAGCCUUCUUCUACCUCAGUGCAGCAGUGGUACAGGCCUACAUCACCAUUAGUCUGAAAUCACUUACCAGUAUGUUCUUCAAAGAAUACCAAUUGGAUAUUGCUGCAGUGGUGAUGUGUUAUGUGGUGACUCUGCUCUACGCCCUCCAUGCCAUCUUCUCUACGAUGAGAUGGAAGAGUUCCUCAUGAAGACCAGUAUCCACAAGACAACAGACAAUGGGGCAACAGACAUUAGUGAAGGCUUCGUAUUGACAUCAAUUGUAAUCUAUACAUAUUCAAAUAUUUUCUAUAUUAUUUUCUUCCUGCAAUUAUAGACCAUAAACCAAUUUGGAGUGAAAUGCAUAUACAAUAUAAAUAAAAAGAUAAAUAAAUAUAUUUUAUAUUUAACCAAGUGCCUGUUUCAGAUGCUGAGAUAGAAUAAAUUGAUUAUAUAAUAGUUUUUCCAGGUGUAGCAAAAACUAUUACAACGAUGUUAAAUAAAAAUGCUGAUGUGAAGCAAUGCAUUUUGUUAUGGUAGGGUAGACCUAUUAGAUGAACAUAGGAACUGAAGAGGUCUCGGUGGCUGCUCUCGUGAAAAAUGUAUACGCUAUCACCAGAACAUAGUGUAGAGGCAAACAAAGGACUGAAUUCCUCAGCAAUGCAUUUUUCACACACAGUUUCUUUUGUCAUUUUCUUGAACAAAAAGGUCAACAUGUAGUCUUAUUUGUGUAGGGUGUGUCCAGUUGGCAAAAGGUGGACUGCCUACCACAAUGCCGCAGCAGGUUUUGCAAGUCAUCCUUCUUAUAAGGGAACACCUGUCGCUCCGUUAGUUCACUGUAGUAGUCAAUAGCGAAUAGUAGGCAUAGCGCAUUGAUUGCAGAGUAUGCAGCCUAGCCUAUGGCAUUCAUUUGUUAUGCUACAGAAAUUACAAGGAAUUUAGAAUGGUAUUGAAAGCUUUAGGCCAGGGGCGGACAGGGAACAGAAACACAACGGCCCAUUUUCUUCCCUUGAGGCCCCCAUUAUUAUCCAGAUACUGAUCAUUUUAAGCAACACAUCCAGGUUAGACAGGCCCACUAUGCAAAAAUUGGACCAGGCCUUCUGGCAUGAGCUAGAAAUGCCAGAUGGCCAGUCUGCCCCAGCCUUGAGGGCUCCCGAGUAGCACAGCGGUCUAAGGCACUGCAUCUCAGUGCAAGAGGUGUCACUACAGUCCCUGGUUCAAAUCCAGACUGAAUCACAUCCAGCCGUGAUCGGGCAUCGCGUAAUUGGCCCAGUGACAUCUGGGUUUGGCUGAGGUAGGCCAUCAUUGUAAAUAAGAAUUUGUUCUUAACUGACUUGCCUAGUUAAAUAAAGGUUUAAAAUGCAGGCUGCUGAAGAACAUGGUAAAACACUCAUUACAUAGUAAUAACCUAUGCCUUACUUGUUUCUUUGGAAAAGCACCACACCAACAGUUUGUCAAUUAAGCGUGGGCUGAUAAUAUGUUGUGGUGGAUAUCCUCACAAUGAAACUUUAUUCCACUCUUUAUUUAUUCCAUUCCACAUGUAGGCAUGAUCUCUUUUAUUUUUUUGUCUGUUGUUACAAAUAUGAUGCAUGAUCAUUCGUGCCUGAUCAUGAUGCCUCACAGACAUCAUUCCAUAAGAGGCAGAUUUCACUUAUCUAAGUGUUACAUCACAGAAGGAAUGCAAUCAUUGUUUGGUGACAACAAAAUACAUCAUUUCUGUCUCUUUCUUGUACUAUGUGUUUUUUGUAAUAUGCUCUGCAGUACAAGUUGCUUUUGUACAGUAGACUUUAAAUACUUUAAAUAUAAAUAUAUAAAACCAA